AAUUACACGGCGAACUGUCAAAAGUCUAUGUAACUUUUAGCCUUUUGAAGAAGCAACCGACAAUUGAAAAUUUAUACAAAUUCCAUAAGCGUUUAAUUCUAAUUCAAUUGUUUUUCACAAACCAGUUCAGUGUAUUUUGCGUUUAAAAAUGCUGCGCAAUAUUUAAUGAAACAUAUUUAAAAAAAAAAAAUCGUAAAUUUUCGUUUUGCGGUGCCUUCUUACGGUGCUAACUGAUGACGUACUGCUGUUGAUUUUGCGGUUGUUUUAGGCAGCAAGAAAAGGAAGAAGAACCUUAGAACAGAACUAAUAAAUUAGCCAUUGAGUGCAAAGCGUAAUUUUGAAUCUGUUUAGGUAAACACGCAAGUCUGCCAAUCAUUUAGUGCUUAAACAUUGAGUAGUCGAGUGAAGAGCAAAUUACGUGUACUCGUAAUUUUCAAAAGCAAUCAACAGAAGUAAAAGUAAACGGCUGCAGAAAAAUAGCAAAUCUAUAUGCAAAACCAAAGUGGGUUUUGCUCGUUGGGCUGAAAAAUACCGCACACAACAUAUUUUGGCUGAAGUAAUUACUUAAUAAAAGCAAAAUGCUCCCGCGUACAGCAGAACUUUUGCGCGUGCUGCACUUGCGGCACCGCUUUUUGGGACGACGCGGCUUGGAUAGUAUUAAUAGAGUGCUGAUAGGGCGGUUUAAUAGCCGCACUUACGCUAACGGUGUACCGAGUUUUGCAAGCCACAGAUCAAACAAUUUGAAUGUUUUGAGUCGUUCAUACUCUAAGAAGGAAGUGAAGGCUCAAGGGGCAGCUGCUGUAUCCACAUCAUCGACCGCAAGUAUUGAUAAUGAGGCUACAUCAAAAGUGAAAACUACCAAAAAAUCUGCUACAGAACCUAAGCAAAUAAUGAAAACAAAUCCAACCCCUAGCGCAACUUCUCAUUCAGAAGCUGCAAAAAAGAGCGAAACUAUAAAAAAAAUGGAGGUCAAAACCAGCAAAGGUGUACUCUCGAUCACCGCCACAAUUGAAGGCUCAAAAAUUAAUGAUCUGGUUUUUGAGAAAACGAAACCGCCUGUUGUAACAGAGCUGGCAAUACCACCGGCCAAAGUACCUGUAAAUGAUCUAUUAAAAGAGACAGCACAAGCAGCUGCUGCACAGCUGCAAACAUCGCCCACAAUAGAGGCGGUGGCAACAGCGGCUACAGUGGCAGCUGCAACGGCAAAAGCCAAGGCGGCGAUAGCAAAAGCCACGCAGCCGAAAAUUAUAGACACACCGGAAACAUCUGCAGCGCCUCAAGCGCCUGCAACACAGCCAACAGCCAAAACCCCACCCACCGUUGAAGUGGUCGUGCAGAAGCCGAAGCGUGUACUGGUCGACUUUAAUCGCUCUUCUUUAGAGCGUAAUUUUAUAACGCCAGCGCGCGCUAUGAGUGACUUUCUAUUAAAAGCUUCCGAUCUGGAGAGUCUAUCGAAGAUAAAACGACGUUCGCCGUAUGAACAAGAGCCACCUAUAACCGUGUAUUGGCGCAAAGACGUUGAGGCGAAGGCCAUCGGUGUAUGGGGCUCACGGGAGAACUUGCUAAGGGAACAACUAAAGCGUGAGGUCGAACGGAAGAAGCAUCAACAAAAUCUCUUCACAGUGAAGCGUCGCUUGCGCGACUAUCGGCGCGAAAUUGGUGCACGCGCGGUAGUGGUUGACACGGAGCCAGGUCUGACGGGCAAAUCCGGCAAGGUGGUGCUCAUAGCGAUUGGCAUCAAUGGACUGAAUUUCCUGUUUAAGGCCUGCGGUUGGGUGUAUUCCGGCUCACACAGCAUGUUCGCCGAAAGCAUACACUCGCUAGCCGACACAAUAAAUCAGCUUAUAUUGGCAUAUGGCAUACACAAGUCGACGCAAAUGGCCGAUUCGGAUCACCCUUAUGGCUAUAGCAAUAUGAAAUAUGUUUCCUCGCUAAUUUCGGGAGUUGGCAUAUUUUGUGUGGGUGCUGGCUUAUCGGUGUAUCACGGCAUCACAGGACUUUUACAUCCGGAACCAGUUGAAGAUUUCUUCUGGGCCUUCUUCAUACUCGGCGGCUCACUGGUGUCUGAGGGUGCUACGCUCAUUGUGGCGCUUAAUGAAUUGCAGCGUGCGGCCAAGUGCAGUGGGGUAUCCUUUAAGGAUUACGUACUGGGCGGCAAAGAUCCCUGUGUAAAUGUUGUACUUACUGAAGAUGCUGCCGCAGUAACGAGCGUAGCUGUCGCGGCUGCGUGCAUGGGACUCACUUCGUUUACUGGCUUGCCAGUCUUUGACGCUGUCGGUUCUUUAUUGGUUGGUGGCAUUUUGGGCGCGGUGGCAUCCUUCAUUAUUUACACAAAUGCAACUGCACUGGUGGGCAAAUCCAUAUCGGAAGAUUUGUUGAACAAAAUAAAUGCUGAGCUUGAAAGUGAUGUGAUGAUACGCGCCAUACACGAUGUGAAGGGCAUCGAUAUGGGCAACUCUUUAAUACGUUACAAGGCCGAAAUGGAUUUCGACGGACGUGAGUUGACGCGGUCAUAUUUGGAUAAGCAGGAAUUAAAUGAUCUAUUAAUGACAGUUCAAUCAUUCCAAAAAGUUGAGCAAUUGGAAGAAUUUUUACUCAAACACGGCGAGAAUAUUGUUGACCUAAUGGGUGGCGAAAUCGAUCGAAUAGAAAUGAAGCUAAGGAAAAAAUUCCCCGAAAUACGACACUGUGAUCUAGAGAUUUUGUAAUCUGCUUAUUUAUGCUUGUAUUUAACUAAUUUACUAGGGUAUACAAAUACUCGUGGGCUCUCUCUAAAUGAAUGUGUUGCAACAUACAAGAAUUCAUUGUUUAUAAGCGAAGAGUGCUAAUUUUAGUUGUAUGGACGCGCAAUUUUUACGCUAGAGCUACAAUAAGAAUAUAAGAAAAAAUCCAAGUUUCAUGCUGUGAAACCACAAUAAUUAAAACUAUGUAUGCUUGAACUAUUUUUAAUUUGUUUGCCUCAUUAAAAAAAAACGAACCUAAUUUAUUGUCAAAUAAAAUGUGAAGUAAUCAAAAAGUACUAUGUUUUAAA